AUGACUCCUUUUCAGGACACAUUCGCUGAUCUCCCAAUCAAGCCGAGAGAUGCGUUCACAGGACAUCCUCCGACUAAUUCCUUUUCUCCGAUCCUCGGCACCACCAAUUCAAACAAUAUGGGCGAACAUCGACAGCAGAAGCUCUACACUCGAGAGCCUGCGCAUCUAGAUACACCGGGAAUUCUGUCUGCGGGUCUUCAGGAAGUCAUCGAUGCAAAUCAGGCUCUAUAG